AUGUCAUCUGCGGCGGCUCAGUUACAGCGAAGAGUUCAUUCAUUCUGGUUUAGAGGGUAUACUAAAGGCACACGGAUAGAGCUAUCCCUUAUAAAGUUAUGGUUCAAUGUUAAUGAGGCAUUUGACAACGAAUGUAGGAGUUCUUUCGGACAAGAUUUGGAAGAUAUCAUCAAAAAUGGAAGUCAUAUUGAGGAAUUGAAAAAAACUCCCGAGGGAACGUUAAGCCUAACAAUUCUCUUAGAUCAGCUCCCGAGGAACAUUUACCGUGGCACAGCUAGACCAUUCCUUGAAUUCGAUCCGUUGGCUCUGGACACUUGUAAAUAUGCUUUAGGACUUAAAUGGGACGAAAUGCUAGAUCCCGUUGAAAGAGCAUUCAUGUAUUUGCCCUUAGAACACUCUGAAAAUAUGCAAAACCAAAUUCUUUGUGUUGAAAGGAUGAAGUGGAAUCGUGAUAACAGCCCACCAAUUUAUGCAGAGUAUUGUAAAGGCGCCCUCCAAGCUUCUGAAGAACAUAAAGCAAUAAUCGAGAGAUUUGGGAGGUAUCCACAUAGAAAUAAGUGUUUAGGCAGGGAGAAUACUAAAGAAGAACUGGACUAUCUAACAAAUGGUGCACAAAAUUACGGGCAGUGA